AUGUUCUCGGACAACGGCACAAAUUUUGUGGGCGCCGAAAAGCAUCUGCGCAACAGUUUACAACAGUGCAUGACAGAUGACAGAUUUCCGUCAUUUUUUAGCGAUCUGAACAUUGAUUGGCGUUUUAACCCCCCAGCCGCACCCCACAUGGGUGGAUACUGGGAGAUUGGCAUCAAGCGUGUUAAGUACCAUCUGAAACGUACAUUAGGCGAUACUCUCCUGUCAUACGAGGAGUUCAAUACGUUAUUGACUGAAAUUGAAGCUUGCGUGAACUCUCGGCCUUUGUGCGACUACUCAACAAAUGUUAGCGACUAG